AUUACCUGUGUGAGUGACAGAGCAACCAGCAGCGAUCCGGUGACAUUUGAAAUACGGGAAGUCGGAGAGAACAAACUGAGCGGCUACAGAAGUAGAGAGCGGGAACACGAGGCGUUUGAGGAACCAGAGUCAGUCUGACACACGAGUCCUGUGGUUGUCCAGCACAACAACAAGAAGAUGAACUACCCAGAGGACGACCAAUCAGAUUACGACUAUGGUAACUAUACCUAUGAUAACUAUACCUAUGGUGACGAUUGGGUUCCACCUUGUUCUUACCAGAACAACAAUAGCGUGGAACGGGUGGUUGGCCCGUACAUCCACUCCAUCAUCUGCAUCCUGGGCUUGGUGGGGAACAGCCUGGUGAUCGUCACCUACGCCUUCUACAAGAGGACCAAGUCCAUGACUGACGUCUACCUGCUCAACGUGGCCGUUGCGGACCUGCUGUUCGUGGCAACGCUGCCUUUCAUCGUCUACAAUGAGCUGUCUGCCUGGUCGAUGGGACCGGUGGCGUGCAAGCUGCUGCGCGGCUCCUACAGUGUGAACCUUUACAGCGGCAUGCUGCUGCUCGCCUGCAUCAGCACCGACCGCUACAUCGCCAUCGUCCAGGCCCGCCGCAGCUUCAGACUGCGCUCGCUGCCCUACAGCCGCAUCAUCUGUGCCAUCGUAUGGACCGUCGCCUUCCUGCUGUCCAUCCCCACCUUCUACUUCUACAACUGGUACGAGCCGAGCCACAUCGGGCAAAUCCACAUGCUCGAGGGCCGGGAGCAGAAUCUGACCCACAUCUUGGACGACUUUCUGUACAAGGGCCAGGAGGAGAAUCUGACCUCCAGGUCUCCACACUCCGUCUGCGAGUUUAGGUUCACGGACAACAACACGGCCUGGACGACCAAGAUAGCCGUCCCCGGCAUCCAGCUGUCCGUGGGCUUCCUCUUGCCGCUGUUCAUCAUGAUCGCCUGCUACACCGCCGUCAUCGUCACGCUGCUGAGAGCCAGAAACUUCCAGCGGCACAAGGCGGUGCGGGUGGUGCUGGCCGUGGUGGUGGUGUUCAUCGCCUGCCACCUGCCCUACAACAUGGUGCUGUUCUACGACACCGUCACCAUGUUCCAGCUGCAGUCGUGUGGGGCGUCGGACAGCGUGGAGGUGGCCAAAACCGUGACGCAGACCAUCGCCUACCUGCACUGCUGCCUGAACCCGGUCCUGUACGCCUUCGUCGGGGUGAAGUUCAGGAACCACUUCAGAAAGAUCUUCCAGGACCUGUGGUGUCUGGGCAAGAGGUAUAUCGCCCCACGUCGCUUCUCCAGGGUCACCUCCGAGGUCUAUGUCUCCAGUCGCCGCUCGGUGGACGGAUCCAGCGAGAACGGCUCGUCUUUCACCAUGUGAGGCCGUUUGGUGGGUUCAUCUGGACCAGGAGCUUCACUGGACCUGAGCUCAAGGUCUGCAGGUCUGGGAGUUCAAACCUGACUGAAGUCUGUGAGACAUUUGUAAUAUUGUGUUGUAGCUCCGGUUUUCAGUCAGUGAGGAAAAUCUCAGGGGUUGAUUGAUGAUGAUAUAAAGGAUAAGAAACAAUCUUUUAUCUUUGAUUUCUGCUUUUAAAUGUGAAAUAUGCCUGUAUCUCUUUGUGGUUGUUGUGACUCUGUCUUCAUCAAUGUUUGUCUUAUUAACAGUAAGACAGUGUCAAACAGAUAAUCCUUCAGACUGUAACAUUUGGAGAUACAAGGUUUUCACUGGACAGAGGUGGAUAUGAUAUUUCAUGCUGUUACAUUAGGAAUCAUUAACAGCAUUUCUUCAGUGUAGUAUUCAGACCUUCAAAAUAAAACCAAAUUUGGAACUUGAUUUUCUGCUGCAGCUUUUCGCUCUUUAACUUCAUCUGAGGAUUUUCAGAUUAAAAACUGCUGAUCUUUGGAUUUAAGUUUGAACUCUGUGUAACCUCCACUGACUCCUCAAACAUCUGCAGACUUUUAUUUUCCUAACUUUUCUUCUUAUUGUCCUCUGCGUUUUAUUUUUUAAACUGUUUGUGUUAAUGUAAUAUUUUGCUCAGACAUGAUUUUAUUUUUAUAACCUUGAAUUUGAAUGUAUCAGCCUGUCACUGUAAA